AUGCCUUCUUUUAGAAGUAUCAAACUCUCAGCAUACUCCUCUCCUCCUUGUCCUGAUGAGCCACCUGCUCCACCCCCACCUCCCCGCGCUCCUUGUUCACCUUGCCAACACAAAAAUCACACUCAUCCACCGCCCGGCUCGGCCCCUCCACCUCCAUCACCACCACCACCACCACCACCACCACCAGCCACUACUCCUCCACCUCCAAGUACACCACCAACAAACACUACUCCUGCAUCUCCACCUCCAUCAACAGCUGCUAAUCCUCCACCUUCACCUUCACCUCCACUUCCAUUUUAUAAUCCAGCACCGCCGCCAUAUUUUCUACAAUCCCCAACUUCACAACAGUCUAUAGCUCCUUUCCCGGCGCCUGCAGGGAACCACCACCGAUUGGAACUUGGAAUCUCUUUAGGUGGAUUGUUCUUUCUCUCCUUCUUAGCACUUGGCAUCAAUCACCUCUUCGGAAAGAAAUUGUCCGUCCCCGCAACCGGUGGCGGCAGCAGCGGUCUACCACCCCCCAUAAAUGACGGCGUCAACACCACAGCUGCCAGCGAAACACUGCCACCUACUGUCACUCAUCCACCUUCUAAUGUGACCGAUGCACAUGCACCUGAACAGAGGCCGACCCAGCAAGAAGAUCCUCGGAAAGCUGAGCAAGAAGAUGAGCAGUCAGAGAAGAAGAAGAAAACGAAAAAGCUUAAGGCCGACACGGUGGUACAGAGCCUUAGAGAGACGAGGAGGCUUAUAACGGCUUUGUUGGCAGCAUCUGCAUCUAAUGAGGAUGAAGUAGAGGGCCCCUAUGCUGUCAACAACAAUGAUAGUGAUCAGUUGAAGGAAAAUGCCGACGGUGGUAACCCAGACGAAGACGAUGGCGAUGAUGAUACAAUGGCUGAUGAUACUCCUGAAACAAAGCAUGAGAAGACCGUUUCUGGCGACGCCCUAAUAGCGGCUGAGAAGCUUGCCCCGAAGACAAAAUCACCACGUGGCAGCGGCACGCAGUCUUCUUCGUCGAGACAAAUCAAAGAUCUCCAGAAAUUUCAGACAUACUCAACUCAACAGUAUUUUAAUGAGGACAAAGUGGAUCAGGAAGGUGGUGAACAGGAAGAAGAAGAUUGUAAUGGUAAUCUCUCUCAACGAUGUUUUGUUGAGAAUGAUGAAAAAGCGUAUCAGGAAGGUGGUGUAGAAAAAGAAGGUGAUGAUAAUAUAGAUGAACCAAAAGGUGAUGUUGUCGGUGGUGAUGAUGAUGAUGUUAAUAAUGGACGAGGUGUUGGGGCGGGUAGGGGACGGGGACGAGGACGGGGACGGGGACGGGGAAGGGGAAGGGGAAGGGGAAAUUCUAGGAAUCGGAUAACAAGUUCCGCUCUGAACAUAGUGAACAAAAGUGAGAAGCAAGUUGGCGAGAAAUCGGCGGAGAAGAAUGGUGAAGCGUACAACUUGGAAGAUGAGGAGAAACAAGGAGGUAAUGAUAUGAACAAGAAGAGUGAUGAGGGAGAAGAUGGGAAAAGUAUGGGUGAUGAUGAUGAGGACGAGGAAGACGAGAGUUUGCUGGAGGAGUUGGGAGAUUUUGACAUUCUAGAUUUGGCAAAUCUAGGGACGGGCGCGGGCUUGUUGUUUAACAGGUGGAGCAGUGAGGUGGAGAAGCUUGUCAAGAGGAACACUCGGUUGGUGUAUCGAUUGCACAAAAUGAUUGGCGAGGCAGAUGAGAUGCAUCGGGAGCCUUCAUUGAAUGGGAGCGAUGUGGCGACGAGUGGUAAACAUGGGAAAGCUAUGAGUGGUGCAUUGAAGGGGAAUGAUGGGUGUAAGGGAAAGAGGGUGAAGAAUAUGGUGGGUGAUAAGGAUGUGUUCCCCUUCGAAGGUGAUGGUGGGGAUGAAGAAAGUGGUGAUGUUGAAGAGGCUGAGAAAGAAGAGUACCCAACAGAAUGUGGCAAGGUUGAAGCAGCGGGCCCCAUCCCUGAUGGUGAAGAAGAGGUAAAAAAGAUGAGUGAUGAAGGUGUUGCCAAUGAAAGGAUGUAUGAUGAAGAUCAAGCCAUGGCAGCUAUACAAGAGACGCCUCCAGUGAAGAAGAAUAUGAAGUCCGGACAGCGAGGAGCGAAAGCAAUGGAUGGGAAUGAGCAAGAAAUGGGGUUGGUGCAGAAGAAUAAUCUGUUAUUGUUACUCGAGGGGAGCGAUGAGCCUAAUAGUAGAAAGCGUGAUCAACUCCAUGCUUUCGGUAUGUUUGAUGCUGGUGAGGAUAUAAAUGAGCAGGAAGAAAUGAAGAAUGAUGGAGAGGGCGAAAAAGAAGAAGAAAUCAAGCAAGGAAUUGAGAAGAUGGCUCCGGAGAAUUAUGAUUUGUUGAGCAAGAAUACGAAGGUCACAAAGCAAAAGCCGAAAAAAAUGAGUGUGAAGGAGCAAGGAAUGGGGUUUGUGAAGGAGAAUGAUCUGUUAUUGGGUAUGUUUGAUGGUGAUGAGGGUACAAAUGAGGAGGUAGAAGAAGAUUAUGCCAAGGGGGAUCAGGAAGACAAGGAAAUGCAUAAUUAUGAGUCUUUCAUCGAGCCUAAGAAUAUAAAGGUAAUGAGUAGUGUGUAUCAGAAGAGUGAUGUGGCUGAGAAUAUAAGGCCAGGAAGAAAGCACCAGCCGAAAACACCGGUUGAUGCUGUUAGUGUGUUUGGGUUGGGGGAGCAGGGGAUAGCCGCCUUGAAAGAAACUGGUAAUGAUAGUCAUGGCCCAAUAACACUCAUGAGCUCGAUCCUUGGAAAUGAUGGGCACAAGACAGGGAAGAAUGGCCACAAUAAUCCUAGAACCGGGCGCAAAAGCAGCAUCACUUCCAAGAAAGGCGCAGAUGUUGCUAGGCAUGAGCAGGAUGUUGAUGAGACCACGAAAGCUGGUGCUGGAGAUGAGACCGUGGAUGCAACUAAUGAGGAUGUCGAGCAGGUGAAGAAAGCGGUUGAUGAUACAGCUGUGUCCGGAUUCGCAGAUCCUGGUGAGGGUGAAGGAGAAGGAGAAGGAGAUGAUGAAUCAAUGAAGAUGGAAAGUGGUGAUGUUGAGGGCGAGAAAGAGGAAAACCUAGUAGAUGCGAAGAAUAUGGUGGCUGGAAGGCCUGCUCCAUUUGAACAGGUAGAUGAGGGAAACUUGGAUGAGUAUAACAAUAUGGAGGAGAAUUUCAAUCCAUUGCAAAGAAAUAAGAGAGCGUGUAAGGAUGAUCCUAAAAUUCGAACUCAAGGAAAGAGCUCUGAUAUCAAUGUCGUUGGUGCGUUGGUGAAGAUGGGAGUUGAUGAAUAUGAGUCGUCACAGAAGGGGAAUGAAAAAGAGGUUGAUGAAGAUGAAGCCAAGGAAGAGAAGCUGAAUUUGGCAGCCGCCCUACAAGUGAUUCCUGCGGUGGAUCAUGUGUCGUUGGCGAAGAAGAAUAUGAAGCCUGGGGAGAAAACAUUUAGUGGUAUGUUUGAUGAUGCCACUAAAAAGAAAAGUCCAAGUAAAAAUAGAACAGGUAAAUAUGAGCAGACUAAGGAAGGGAUGGGUGAUGCUUUAGUGAAUAAGGUAGUUGAUAACAAGAAUAUGAUCAGAUCCAUGGCUGAGGAGACCCAGGCAGGGAAUGAGGAAAGUUGUGAUCAAGUAGAAAGGUUGAAUGAUGAAGAGAGCGAAGAAACCGGGCAUGGAAUGGGGGAGAUGCCUUUUGAUUCGUUGAGUGCUUUGGCGAAGAAUAUGAAGGACGGAAAACAGCAACACCGACAAGAGAUGUGCAACAAGACUGGGAAGAGUGGCCGCAAGCACGCUAAAGAUGGGCACGGGAGCAGCAUCGAUUACAAGAAAGGUGCAGCUCAGCCUCAGUGUGAGGAUCAAAUUGGUGACAAAUUUCAACCACUGGAUAUCGGAGGUGAUGCUACUAAGGAUGAACAUGAUGUUGGUGUUGAUGCUGCUGCUGAAUAUGACACAACGGAAGCUGCGGCCGAUGAUGAUGAUGAUGGUGCUGGGCAAUGUGGUACUACUACCGAAGAGGAUUCCCUAUAUAGUGUGCAAGCCUAGUUUACUUAUGUUGAUUAGACUUUUCUCUCAUGUAUUGUGUGGUUUUAAAUAGUGUGCUAUUGCAGUUUGCUUUCAGGUCUUA